CUCUAGGCUCAUUUCAUCAGCUGCAUCACUUCAAAUCGACCGUUUGCGCCCAAACAAACUUGGCGACACGCUGCGGCGACACACCACCCGAAAACACCGACUCUAUUUUCCCAAGGCUGAUCGUCUAACCUCAUUUCACCGAACCAACGUUUUCGGCACUCAAAACAAGAUGCAGCGGCCGCAGGCAUAUGGGCAGUCGCCCCCUCUACACCACCCGGUACCCCAGCAUGUCUCGACCGUGCCACAGCUCCGAUCUCCUCCCCCGCCAGUAUCACAAUCUGCGCAAAGCGGUCAGGGCUACGGCGGCAGCCCGUACCCUCAGCAGCAGCAAGGCGGCGCCGGCCCGCAGAACAUGUUUGGGCAGUAUGGACAGUUUAUGAACGAUCCGGCAGCGCAGGUUGCAGCGCAUUUUGGAAGUACGGCCUUUCGACAGGGACAGGAGAUUAUUGACCAGAAUAUAAACCGGUACCUGAGCGUGCACCUGCUUAAACACUACUUCAACGUUACAAACUCUUAUGUCAUCAACAAAAUCUACCUGGUUCUUUUCCCCUGGAGGCAUAAACCAUGGUCGCGCAAGCCAGCCAUGGGUCCUGGUGGCCAGGAGGGAUAUUUGCCGCCGAGAGACGACGUCAACAGUCCAGACAUGUAUAUUCCUGUAAUGUCCCUGGUGACGUAUAUUCUUCUCUCAACUGCAAUCGCGGGUCUCAGAGGACAAUUCCAACCGGAGCUUCUUGGAAACACCGCAGGAACGGCGCUCAUUGUGGUUGCUGCUGAAAUCAUCAUCCUCAAGCUCGGGUGCUAUAUUAUGAGCAUAUCCAACAACUCGCAACUACUAGACCUGGUUGCCUACUCUGGAUACAAGUUCGUUGGUGUUAUUGUUACUGUCGCUGUUGCCGAGGUUAUGAACGGCGGCAAAGGCACUGGCGGAUGGUCUGGCUGGUCUGUAUUCAUUUACACGUUCUUGGCCAACUCACUUUUCUUGAUGAGGUCGCUGAAAUAUGUUCUUCUGCCUGAAAAUGCCGACAACAGUAGGAUGCAGACCGACACCCGGGCCAAGAGGAACCAGCGGACGCAGUUUUUGUUCUUCUACUCGUAUGUGGUGCAGCUUUUCUUCAUGUGGAUCUUGUCUAGGCCAUGAAAAGCGAUGGCUGUCGGGAGAGGAAUUCGGUGCUUUAGCAGAAAAUCAUUGACCUGUCCUAAGAUGUGCGAAAAGAGUGAACCUGGGACUAGACUAGUCUAGACUAGGUGUGGCAGAGUAUGUUUGUCCUGCCGGUCUCAAACUGGAGGAUCCAAUGGGUUUAGCAAUAGAAAGCAAAAACAAAGGACCCUGAAUGAACAAGCUUCAAACAAUGAUAUCUCUGACCG